AUGCGUCGUGUACCAUACCAUUUAAGGGAUAAAUUAAGUAAAAAGUUAGAUGAACUUUUGGAUUUGGAUAUCAUUGAAGAGGUUAGUGGGCCUAGCCCAUGGAUGUCACCAGUCGUGGUGAUCCCGAAAGGGGAUGAUAUAUGACUCUGUGUAGAUAUGCGUCAGGUUAAUUUAAAAAAAAACUACUGUAAUCGCAGAUGCUAGUCCAGUUGGGUUGGGGGCUGUCCUGGUGCAAGAACAAGGGGAUGAGCACAGAAUGAUCAAUUAUGCAAGCCGUACCUUAAGUGAUGCGGAGUGUAGAUACUCCCAAACGGAGAAAGAGGCCUUAGCAGUUGUUUGGUCUUGUGAAACGUUUCAUGCAUACCUUUAUGGGGCUGAGUUUGAGCUUCUUACAGAUCAUAAGCCCCUGGAAUGUGUCUUCUCGCCCAAGUCUAAGCCAUGUGUUAGAAUUGAGAGAUGGCUUUUGAGGAUGCAACCCUAUCCUUUUUCGGUUACGUAUUUACCAGGACCUAAGACCUGAGUCUGAUACUUGUCGAGUCAGUGCAGGAGAUGGAUAUGUCAAGUUUGUAGCUAGAGAGGCAACACCCGUUGCUAUGACAACCCGUGAAAUUGAGAGAGAGUCUGAACAUUAUCCAGAGUUACAAUCUGUACGUGAAUGUAUUAUGAGUGGUAAGUGGGAUUGCCUCGUACAUAAGGAAUAUUUGCCAGUUCGGAGAGAACUGUGUGCUAUUGGACAACUGGUUUUAUGUGGUACAAAGAUUGUAGUACCCCAAAACCUUAGAGAGCAGAUUCCUAAAUUAGCGCAUGAAGGACAUCCUGGAAUAGUAGCAAUGAAACAGCGUCUUCGAAGUAAGGUAUGGUGGCCGGGAAUUGAUAGACAAGCCGUGAAAGUUUGUCGAGAAUGUUUUGGAUGUCAACUAACAUCGAACCCAACCAAACCUAAACCUAUGGCUCGCAUUUAACUUCCGAAUGCACCAUGGGAACACCUUGCAUGUGAUUUGUUAGGACCUUUACCUUCUGGGGACUACAUAUUUGUUGUUGUAGACUAUUAUAGUCGUUUUUUUUAAUUAGAGUUCACCAAAUCAACCACAGCCGAGAAGUUGGUUUCUAUAUUGUCUAGGAUUUUGGUUACACAUGGACUUCCCUUGUCUAUUAGAAUUGAUGAUGGACCUCAAUUUAUCAUUGAGUGUUUGAAGAAUUUCUUGGUGGAAAAUGGGAUUGAGCAGCAGAUGACCACACCUCUGUGGCCACAAGCGAAUGGGGAGACUGAACGACAGAACCGUAGUAUUUUGAAAAGGCUACGUAUCGCGCAGGCCGAAGGGCGGAAUCUGAGAUUGGAAGUACGGUAGACCGAUUUCUGAUGAUGUAUCGUAGCACACCCCACACGACUACGGGAGUGUCACCUGCAGAGCUACUGUACAGGAAGAAUUAUCGCACUAAACUUCCCCAACUUGGAGAAUCCACUAGUGAGUAAGAGGUUAAUGAUCGAGAUGCAGAAAGGAAAGAAAAAGGGACGAUCUAUGCUGUUAAGAAAAGAAAUGCGGUUGAAAGUAAUAUCCAAGCCGGUGAUAAAGUGUUGGUCAAACAGGACAAGAAAAACAAACUUUCAACUUUCUUUAAUCCAGAGCCAUUCAGAGUUCUACAGAAAAAUGGAAACAGUAUUUUAGUUGAAGCAGAUACCGGGGUGCAAUAUAAGCGGAACAUUACGCAUCUCAAGAAACUGGUAACACCCGAUGCAGAAGAGAAUGAGAUAAACACUCAAGAGUCGAUAUUGCAGGAGUGUUCGAUAAGUGAACCAAAACUUUUGGAUGGUAGGAGAUUGGGUGAAGAUGAAGGUGGAAGAGUUAAGCCGAGUAGAGCAAAGAGACUACCAGAUAAAUUGAAGGAUUAUGUUGUCGAAAGUAGAUAA